ACAGGCGGCGAUCGGAGCCAUGGCGGAGCUGCCGCUGCCCGCCGGGCUCAGCGCCAGCGCCUUCCCCGCCAAGCUGUGGCGCCUGGUGAACAGCCCCCGCGUCCGCUCCGUGCGCUGGGACAGCCGCGCCCAGGGGCUGCUCGUCGACCGCUCGCUCUUCGAGCGGGAGCUGCUCAGCCCGGGCGACGCCCACGGGGGCGGCGAGGGGGUGGGGCCGACGCCGGACUCCUUCCAAGCCACGCACUUCGGUAGUUUCGUGCGGCAGCUCAACCUCUACGGCUUCCACAAGGUGCCCAGCCGGGUUGGCUCAUCUGAGCCCGGCGAUGCCGGGGGCUGGCUCCACUUCAGGAACCCCAGCUUUCGCCGCGACCGCCCCGACCUCCUGCUCCAUAUCAAGCGCCUGACCAGGGCCAACAGGCAGCGGCUGGCAGCGGGGCUGGAGGUGCGCAGCCGCCAGCCCAGCCGCUUCCAGCAGCUCCGCACGGAGCGGCCGCUGGCGUCCUUCCCCGCCGGGCAGCCGCCCAGAGCCGUGCUCUCAUACCAGGACCUCACUGCUGCCUCACCUGAGGGUUUACAGCUGCCUCCAGGCCCUUCCAGGCUAAGCGCAGGUGCUCAGGAGUCUGACUUUUUCCUGACAUCUCCCAAGAAAGUCUUUGCCUCAUCUGGAUUUCUUGGGGUUUCAUCAGAGGAACCAGGCACCAGCAAAUUUCAUCUCAAGCGUGAGCUCAUCAUUCCGCUGGUUCCCAUAGACUGCAGAUGCCGCCCUGAGCUCACGGUUUCUCUGCGUCCCAUAGACCAUCACAGCCCUUCCAUGGCCUCUCCAGAGGGAAGCAGCUGCACAUCUUCAGAGCAGUAUUUGCCAGCCUGCAGUUCAUCAGCCACCCCAGGCACUUCAGGCCCCAGCGCUCCAGCUGGCAGUGCUGGUUUUGCACCAUGGACAGCCCCCAGCUGGCUGUGGAAUACUCCUGGGGAAGAGGAAUUGCCACCACCAGAUCUGGACAUGGUGCUUGAGACGCUGGAGGAGAUGUUUUCUCCCUCUGCUCAGGUAACUGCAUUGGACAGGGAAGAAAAGGGCUGGGAGCUGAGAGCUUGUGAAUGUUGUUGCAUGGCUGAGAAGCAAAGGCUUCUUGAGUUCAGCUCAGUGAAUGGACAGGAAAAGAUUUGCUUGGUGAAACAAGACUUCCUAAAGAAGAGGGAAUGAAAAAGUCUCCCCCUGAAUAAGGAUGAAGAGGUGUGAGCCUGUGUUGGUCAGGUUUGGGUGCCUGUUUUCCUGGGAAGAAUCCCUCGUGCAGGGGUGUUUGUGGUGAGGAAGUGGAAGCUUUGUAGGUUCUAAGAGGCUUUGUUUGGUGGGAAAGAAGAGAAGAGUGUUUGGAGAAUUGCCAAGUGUCCCGUGCAGGGAGGGACAUGCCAGAGGUGCCUGUUCCAGCAGCAGAUGUGGGCUGUGCCUCUUUUGGGUGGGAAGGCCAAGGCAAAGCAGGGCUGGGCUGCAGCUGCUGCUGCUGUGUGAGCCCUGCCGGGCGUGUGGGCGCUCCCAGAGCCGUGUGUGGGGCUGGGCUGGAGCUGCAGCUUUCUUGUCCUCUGGGUAACCUGGUGCCUGCAGCCCAGUCUCCAUCUGGGAAAUCCUCAGCUGGGCAAACUGGCCAGUCUUGCUGUCCAUGUUGCAGAGCUCAGUCACCUUGCUCUUGGGCAGCUCUGUGGGAAGAGAUGUGUGUUCCCACGCAGUCCCUGCCAAGCUGCAGCCUGGAUGAGCCUGCUUUGCUCAGUGUUGUGGAGGAGGAGCAAAUCUCUGUGCCAGGACUCCUUCCUUAGCAGCCAUUCCAUGUGUUCAGUGUCACCCCCACGUUCAACACUGUCAGCUUUGACAGCUUUUGGACUGUGUUUGAGAAGUGAAAUUGUUUUGACUCUUGAAGGGUUUUGGGGCCCAGAGUUCUUGUUAGGAACAAGGGAUUAAGAGUGUGAGCCAUGGAGUUGUUGGACCAGGUGUUUGGUGUAACUGGUGAGAAGGGUUUCUUCCUUUCUGUUUCUCUUUCAAGGGGAAUAUUAAUGUUGCCCCUGAGUCUUCGGGAGGGCAGCCUGUGGACAGAGCUGAAGCAGAAGGAGCUUUGCCUGGCACCAGGAGGUGCGGGAACAAUUCCCAGGAGCCCGAAGAGCUUGAUUUCCACCUAAUCUACCUUGCCAGGAGGGCUGCCCUGCGUGAGAAAAAGGAUCGGAGGGAGAGCCUGUGACCAUCGGGCAGGUGGAAUCCCUCCAUUUAUACAUAGAUUUAUAGAUUUCCAUAGUUCUAUUUAUAUAUCCUUGUAGUUACAUUUAUUGAUUUAUACAAUCCUAUUUAUAUAUCCACAUAGUUAUAUUUGUAGGUUUAUAGAGAACAUAUAUAUAUAUAUAUACAUCUAUACAGUUAAAUCUAUAUAUAGUUUUUGAUGUGAUAGAAUUAUAUUUAUGUGCAUGUAGUUACAUUUAUAGAUUUUAAAAUUUACAUUUAUAUACAUAGAGAGUAAUAAUAUAUUUUUAAUAUUUUUAUAUUUAUAAAUCUGCAUCUAUAUGUAGUUAGAGUUAUAUGGAUUUUUAGAUGGAUAGAUUGAUGUUAGUGUAGGUCUAGGCAGUAUUUUUACCUCUUUCCCCCUCGGCUGCCUUUUUCACCUCUGGCUUUUCCCCCUGUGCCCCCUGUGUCCCCUCUCCCUGGGCUGGGUCCGAGCUGGCAGCCGGGCCGGGCGCAGCAGCAGUUCCAGCCCCGGAUGUCCCUGGAGCGCUGGGAGCUGCCGGUGGCCCCAGGCACUGUCCCCUGAGGAGCUGCUGAAGGACGCUGCAAUGAAGACCACGAGGACAGCCGGAGACUGCCGGGAGCCAGCAGGGAGAAGCCGAGGGCCAGCAGCAGGAGCAGGGAGCGGGGCCCUGCUGCUGCCAGCCUGGAGAGAGCCCGGAUGUCCCAUCUGCUGUCCCUGUGCAGGAGAGCUGCUCUGCCCGGGGGGAAGAGGCCGCAGGAGAGGCUUUGAAGAUGGGGCAGCUGGGGUCCCUUUUCUUCCUGUUAUAUAUCUGUUCAUAUAUAUAGUGUAUAUUAUGUAAUAUUUAAUUUCUGUUUACAUAUGUAGAUUGUUAUAUAGGUAUUUAUAACAAUAUAUAUUUUUUAUAUAUAUAAAUAUUUCUCUGUGUGUGUGUUUAGUACUAUUUAAACAUGUAUGGAGUCAUAUAGUUGUACAGUUGUAUCGAUAAGGUUCUUGGUACAAGGUUCCUUGGGGAGGGAAUGCAGCGGCGACAGCUAGCCUGUAAGACUCUGACUCCCCGGCACGCUCCGGCCGCGCCGCCGGCAGCACUGAGGGGGGAAGGGCACUCUCCCCCUGGGAGACUUCCUAGGGAGAGUGCUUAAGGCUGAAUGCCUUCAGAAGGGCGAGAACCCCCAGAGCCGUUGGAAGAGGAGCUGGGCUGCGACCCACAGGAGAAAGACCGGACCACGCCGACAGGGAAAACGGGAGGGUUUAUUGAAAGUGCGUCGGGCGCGGACAAAAAUGCUUGCCCGGCAGGGCCUUAUAAACAGAAUACAAUGACCAAUCUAAAUUUUUGAGAGGAGGGAAUAACGCGUAACAAACAUCUCGGAUCUCCAGUGGGAAUAAACUGAGGGUUGAACCCUGACCUCUGGUCCAAUCACUCAGUGUCCAAGACAGAAGGUUCUGGAUGGAAGGGUAUGGACACUGAAUAACAGACAGGCAGCCAGGGAGGGAUUAGGAGAGAUAACUCGUAACUGACGGGACAAUCAAGGAGAGGGAGAGAGAGAGAGAGCCCGGGCAAAACCAUAAACAGGAAUGGGGGGUACAGGAAUAAACCAACUUAAAACUAAUGCACCCCUACAAGGGAAUGCAUAUUUUUGUAUUUCUAUAUGGGCUGUACACUUGUAGUAAUAUGUAAUAAAUUAGGUUGUUAAAGUCCUAAUUGAUCUUUGUAUCUAGUGAGUUGUAGAGGCUGGCAAUAAAUUAGGUUUUGUUAACUGAAGUUGGUAUUUUUAUAUUUUUACAUAGACUGGUUGUAGUAAUCUAAUAAAUUCUUGUUCUUAAUCCAAA